GGAAGCUCAGGGCAAGGCAGACGACAGCCGAAGUGCGAGCAGGGCAGCUGUUACCCGGCCACGGGAGACUUGUUGAUCGGGCGCGCCCAGAACCUGAGCGCCUCCUCCACAUGCGGCCUGGACCGGCCACAGCGCUACUGCGUGGUCAGCUACCUGGAGAAGGACACCAAAUGCUUCACGUGCGACUCGCGGCAGCCCUGGCGCGAGGGCUUCACCGAGCAGAGCCACCGCAUCGAGAACAUCGUCUCCUCCUUCAAGGAGAGCAAGAACCGCUGGUGGCAAGCGAAGACGGGCGUGGAGAACGUGUACAUCCAGCUGGACCUGGAGGCCGAGUUCCACUUCACCCAUCUCAUCAUGACCUUCAAGACGUUCCGGCCCAAGGCCAUGCUCAUCGAGCGGUCCUUCGACUUCGGGCGCACGUGGAAGGUGUACCGCUACUUCGCCCAGAACUGCGACAAGUCGUUCCCGGGCGUGGCCAAGCGUGUGGUCAACAGUCUCUCGGACGUCAUCUGCGAGGAGCGCUACUCGGCCGAGACGCCGUCUACUGAUGGAGAGGUGAUUUUCCGUGUGCUCCCGCCCUUCAUUCCGAUCCCAGAUCCUUACAGCGAGGCGGUGCAGGAUCUCCUCAAACUCACCAACUUACGUAUCAACUUCACGGAGCUCCAUACACUCGGUGACACCCUGCUGGACAGUCGGUCUGAGAUCAAGGAGAAAUACUACUACGCUCUCUAUGACGUGACGGUCAGAGGCAGCUGCUCCUGCUAUGGUCACGCUUCCAGAUGUCUGCCCGUUCCCGGGUACAACCGCAGUCAGGAGACCUCUAGAGCAAUGGUGCACGGCCAGUGUGAGUGUACCCACAACACCAAGGGCAGGAACUGUGAGAUGUGCGAGGACUUCUACCACGAUCAUCCAUGGAGACCAGCCCGGCCGAACCAGCCCAACGUCUGUAAAAGGUGUAAUUGCAACAACCAUGCAUCCCAGUGUCACUUUGACGCUGCCAAGUUCACCGCAUCAGGGGAGGUUAGCGGAGGUGUGUGUGACAACUGUAUGCACAACACCAGGGGCGUCAACUGCCAGGACUGCAAGAAGUUCUACUACCAGGACCCCUCCAGGGACAUCAGGGACCCAGAGAUCUGCCAGCCCUGUGACUGCGACUCGUUUGGCUCGGAGCAGAACGGCCUGUGUGAGCAGGUGACUGACGAGAUUGCUGGCACCGUGGCCGGCCGGUGUCGCUGCAAGGCCUUUGUCAGGGGACCACGCUGUGACCAGUGUGCUGACAACUACUGGAACCUGCAGAAGGACAACCCUCUUGGAUGUCAAGCUUGUACGUGCAACCCAGAUGGCACUAUUCCAGACCUAGGGUGUGAUGAUGAGACCGGCCUUUGCAGAUGCAAGCGUUAUGUCACUGGCAAAGAUUGUGAUGAGUGCUAUCCUGGCUUCUACGGUCUGAGUGCUGAUGACCGCUACGGCUGCAAGUCCUGUGACUGUGAUAUUGGCGGAGCUGUCCGCUACACCUGUGACCAGGCUACUGGCCAGUGCGAGUGCCGGCAUCACAUCCGUGGAAUGCGCUGUACUGAGGUUGAUCCUGGUUUCUUCUUUGCUCACCUGGACCACUACAAGUUCGAGGCUGAGUACGGAACUGGCAGCGGUAAUGCUCGUGUGUACAUCAGGGAGCCGGUGGCUGGAUCUCCCAGCUACUGGACAGGACCUGGCUACAUGAAGGUGACAGAAGGAGACAGCAUCGAGUUCACCGUCAACAACCUCCCAUUCAGCACCUACUACGACAUUGUCGUCAGAUAUGACCCAAGGAUGCCUGAGGUUUUUGAAGACGUGAGAGUGACUGUGAUCCGGCCCAACGCGGUGGACCCUGAUGGUCUGUGUGGAGACUUCAGUCCGAGGGAUGAUCUCAAGACCAUGUCACUGCCCCCAGGCGCUCGUUUCCAAGUUGUGUCCCCCCCAUCAUGCCUGGAGCAGGACACGACAUACACCGUCCGCAUUGACUUCAACACUUACAUCUCUGGCCGCCAGAGCCCUGAGGCUACACUGCUUAUUGAUUCUAUCCUGUUGGUGCCCAGCCCAGACUACAUCCCCAUCUACCAAGGCGCCGGACUGCCCGAUUACAUGAAGAACGAGUUCUUGUACAGCCGCUGCGACGUGCUGCAGUUCCCCUCUCUGAAACAAGAGCUGCCCGAGCAGUGCCAGAGACACACCUUCUCCAUCUCUGCUGUACUGCACAAUGGAGCCCUUGAAUGCAACUGCGACGUCACUGGAUCUCUGAGCCUGGAGUGUAACCCGAGUGGAGGACAGUGCGAGUGCAAACCCAACGUUGUUGGCCGCAGAUGUGACCAGUGUGCUCCAGGGACGUAUGGCUUUGGGCCCAGCGGCUGCAGGCCAUGUGACUGCCAUGAGUUUGGUGCCAGGGACAACUUCUGUGACGAUAGGACCGGUCAGUGUACCUGCAUCCAGAACGUUGGAGGCCGCGCUUGUGACCAGUGUCUUUUCGGCUUCUGGGGCUUCCCUCAGUGCCGUCAAUGCCAGUGCAACGGCAACGCUGAUGUCUGCGACCCUCUUACUGGGGCCUGCAUCAACUGCAGAAACUUCACGUCUGGCAGCUUUUGUGAAAGGUGUGAAGAUGGCUAUUAUGGAGACCCUCGUAUUGGUGCUCGUAUCCCUUGCCGACCAUGCAUGUGCCCCGGAGGCCCGGGCAGCCCCGCCCAACACGCUGACACCUGCAGCUUCGACCCUCGAUCUCAGCAAGUCUUCUGCAACUGUCGCACUGGAUACACAGGUGCCAGCUGUGAGUCUUGUAUCGAGAACUACUACGGAGACCCAUCCCAGGUGGGCGGCCAGUGCCAGCCCUGCGUCUGUAACAACAACAUCAACCCCGACGAUCCGGGCAGCUGUGACGGCAGCACGGGCGAGUGUCUGCGCUGUCUCUACAACACAGAGGGAUUCGCCUGCGAGCACUGCAGAACGGGCUACUACGGAGACGCGACACUUCAAAACUGUGCACGAUGUGUGUGCAACCAGCUGGGCACAGACGUGAGCCUGGGCGAGUGUGACCGAGUGACCGGCCAGUGUCCGUGCCUUCCCAACGUGGUGGGCCAGAGCUGUGAUCAGUGCGCUGCUGACCACUGGGACAUGGCGGGUGGAGUGGGCUGCACGGCCUGCGACUGUGACCCCUCAGGCUCCCUGUCUUCACAGUGUAACGAGUUUGAUGGACAGUGCAGCUGUGUUCCAGGACGGGGUGGACCAAAGUGUGCGGACUGCGAGGACUACUUCUAUGGCGAUCCCCUGGACCAGUGUAUUCCCUGCGACUGCAACCCACAAGGAUCAUCUGCCCGUCAAUGCGACCGUCGCACCGGUCAGUGUGUCUGCGUGGAGGGUGUGACAGGCUUCAAGUGUGACCGCUGUGCUCGCGGCACGACUGGGGACCUGCCUAACUGUGUGCCGUGCGGAGAGUGCUUCGACAACUGGGACUCUGUUAUACAGGACCUUAGAGGCCUGACCCACGACAUUGUGAAGAGAGCGAACGACGUGUCUGUGACGGGGGCUAUCAAGGCGUUUGAUGAAGAAUUCCGGCUCAUGCAGGACAACAUUGACGAGAUCAAGAGGAUUCUUGCCAGCGUGGACUUCACCCAGGUGGACAUCCAGGAUAUCCAGAACAUGCUGGACACUGUCAGGGCCAACCUGACGGAGAACACAAGGACACUGAACGAUGUGGACAAGGUGCUGAGUCAGACCAAUGCCCGAGUGAAGAAAGGAAGCCUGAAGAUUCAGUUGCUCAAGUCCAAAGUGGAGAACCUGAAAGCUUUAGCCAUGGAGCUGCAAAAGAACGCUACCAAUAUACAAAUCCAGGAAGUAGGAGGUGCUUUUGAGAAGAUCAAAGAAGCGGAGAGAGAGUCACGGGAGGCCCAGGUCAAGGUCGACGGUACCGCCCAGAUCCUGGACCAGUCUGCCAGGGUCAGGGGGGACACGGAACGUCUGCUUGCACAGAGAGAGAACAGGUUUAACGAGCAGCUGGAUGAGAACAGAGACGCUCUGGACCGCCUUGAGAACGACGUCAGGAAUCUGGGAGGGGACUUGUCCGAGAUCAACAACAUGGUGUGUGGUGGCCAGGGUGACCCCUGCUCUAGUCUGUGUGGGGGCGGCGGCUGCGGUAUGUGCGGGGGCACGGGAUGUAACGGAGCGGUCACCAUCGCACAGACCGCCUUCUCCCUGGCACAGCGGGCUGAGGACCUGCUCAAGGCCAAGACGGCCAAUGCCACUGACGUUCUGAUCCCCAGGAUCCAAGAAGCCAAACGUGACGCUAUGGGAGCCAAGGCUGAUGCCCAGUCUGCAUUUGACGAAGCUUCCAAGGCUAAGAACAUGACGGAGAGCACCAAGGCUGACCUGAAGGCUCUUCUCACCAACAUCAGGGACUUCUUGAUUGGCAACGAAACUGCUACACCAGAAGAUAUUGAGAAGAUUGCAGAAGAGGUCUUGAACAUGCAGAUCCCCAUGAAUCCCGACAAGAUCCGAGAGCUUGCAGAGAAAAUCAACAGAGCGGUUGAGUCUCUGACAGACAUUGACAAGAUUCUGGCAGACACAAAGGGCAGCAGGGACAUUGCAGAAGAGCUGAAGAGACAAGCUGAGAGUGCUUCAGCGGAUGCUCAGGACAUUCGCAACACAGCCCAGGAUGUGAGGGAUGCCCUGGACGAGGCCAAGAGAGUUCAGGCCAGCGCUGCUAAAGCCAUAGAGAUGGCCACCCAGGAUAUUCAGGAUGCUGAGGAUGAUUUCAACACUAUUCGGCAAGAGACGGGCACGGUCACUGCUCUCACGGAGGGCAGCCUGAACGUCCUGGAGGAGCUGAAGAAGAAGCUGUCCCAGCUCAUCAAACGCUACACGGCUCUCAAAGAGGACACGCUGAACCGCGCUGAGGAUGCUACUGAGGAAGCCACCAGACUGGCCAAGGGAGCUUACGAUAAAGCCCUCCAGCUUGACGCCACCUAUAACGAUACCGCCGAGAUGGUGAGCGACAAGUACAAGGACACAAAAGGUGCCAAGGAACGCGCUGAGAAACUGAAGAAGAGAGCCGAUGCCAUCUACAACUCAACAGAGACCAAAAUGAAUGAGCUGAAAGAGAUAGAGAAGAAAAUCACGGGCAACGAGGGUCGAUUGAACAAGCUCUCGGAUGAGAUCAAGAAGCUGAACGACCGGAUGGACGUCCUCCUGACAGAGAUCCGAGACAAAGCGAAAUUCUACGAAACUUGCUAAUGUUGGUAGUUACUAGUUGUCUUGUACUGUACGGCUAGGCUAGGCUAUUUAUGAAAGGACCUGAAAUAAUGUAUUGUCUGUGGCGAGCGUUAGUAAUUACCUUCUACCAAAGAUAGUAAAUAACAAGAUGGGCCACUCAGCCAAAAAAGUGUCCGCAGGAAGUAUGCUCUUUGCUUCAGA